AUAAAUUCAAUUAAGAGUAAUGGUACCUGACUCCGCCUGUAAUGACUCUCCGAGGUUCUGUGAUAACUUCAGUUUUUACUCCUAAACCACCGUACCCAUGUUUUGUAAUCCACUCCAAGUCACAUAUAAAGCCUUUUAAGACAUCUAUAAAACGUUUUAACCAUCUAGAAUAACUUAUUACCACCACGUCGUAAUAGUAAACAUCCAACCUCACACGAUGGCGACUCGCACGGACUUCCCACCCAUAAGAGCCUGUCUAUUCGAUAUGGAUGGUUUGCUUCUAGAUACUGAAGACUUAUAUACCCUCUGUAUCAACCUUAUCCUUGAGAAGUACGGAAAGACGUCGCUUCCCUGGUCCAUUAAAGCGAAGCUGCAGGGACGGCCCGGUCCCGAAGCGAACGCCCUUUUCCACGAUUGGGCCAAGCUGCCCGUGUCAGAUUCCGACUACCUUUCAGAGUUAACGGCCCUACAACAGCAACAUUUUCCAACGGCUAAGCCGUUGCCGGGAGUCGAGAAACUGCUCAGCGACUUGGGGAGGACGAGAUGGUGGGAUCUUAAGGAUCAAAGCGGCGUGAAAAACGGGGAGAAAGGUACGAGUGACGGUCAGAAGGUGCACAGAGUCCACAUCGCGCUGGCAACAAGCAGCACGUCAGCCAAUUUCGCCGUCAAAACUUCCAAGUGGACUGAACUGUUCUCUGUGUUCGAGUCCCACAGAAGAGUCCUAGGCGACGACAAGCGCAUCCAGCCUGGCCGUGGCAAACCGCUCCCAGAUAUCUACCUGCUAGCGCUGAAGACGAUCAAUGAAAGCCUAGAGGAAGGUGAUAAGCCAAUUACACCUGAGGAGUGUUUGGUCUUUGAAGACAGCGUUCCAGGCGUCGAAGCUGGCCGACGUGCAGGCAUGAGGGUUGUUUGGUGUCCUCACCCGAUGCUGAAGAAAGAAUAUGAAGGUCGAGAAGCGGAGAUUCUCGCUGGGCGUAUGGGAGAAGCAGGCCAAGUCGAUGUGCAUCAAUUGGGGGAGAUUGAUGAUGGAUGGGCUGAUUAUUUCCUCAAUCUGACCAAUUUUCCAUAUGAUAAAUAUGGAAUAACAAUUCCACCUGCCGAAGUAGAGCUAGCCGCGUCUAUGAAGGAAAAUACCGACGACGGGAUUGUUACUCAGGAAACUCAAGGCACAACGACGUAGGCAUUGAGAUGACGACGAAUAGAACUUAGAAUGUAUUAGCAUUAUUGCUCAUAUAGAGCUUCAAUAUUAUAUAAGAGAUAGAGAGAGCCUAGAU